UACGUCACUGUACGUGGGAGAGGCGGUUGUGGUGGAGAAUUUUGAACGUAGGUUAGCUAGAGGCUAGCAGGCUAACUAGACUGAUUUAGAGAGAUUAAAACACGGCUUUUAGACUAAAAACAGCCACCGCUUUCAGUGCGGUUAGUGUAGUCCCACCCACACGAGAUGUUAGUGGGGUUUAAUGUGAUUUCUGUGAAGAAAUAUAGCUAAAGUAGUUGUUAGCUGGAGUUGUUGUGGUAAGGAGCUGAUAGCUGAUAGAGACACUGGGUAACGUUAGUUAAACGUUACUUGGUUGGUUGGUUAGGACAGUAAACUGAAGAAGCUACUGGUCACCAUGCUGAUCUGAUCCGAACCUCUGGGAGAUGUUGUUCUCUACCUGGCGGCCAUGGACGACUCGGACCAGGAGUUCUCUGAUCUCUGCUCUCGGCUCCUCAAGAGGGUGAAACGGAAAGAUUCUGGGGAUGAGAAGAAACCAGUCGCAGCUCCAGAUGAAGCUGCAGGUCCCUCUCAGAGCAGAGCUCCCCCCAGGAGGAAGAGGCAGAAGAACGGGCAGCUCCAGAGCCAGGCAGCGGGCAGGUCGCAGCCUGUCUGUCCGGCAGAUGGAGCCUCCUUUCUCAGCGUGAAGGAGAAGGUGCUCCGGAGGAUGGAGCGCUUUAGGAGAGAGAGUCCUCCCCGGCUUCUCCAUGUGGAGGCAGAGGAACAUCGGGGGGAGACAGUAUCACCACCCAGACGAGAGCUCAAAGAAGAAACUGAAAGUGAUGAAGCACUGGCUCGGAGGCUCCAGCAGCAGCUGGAUCAUGAGGCUGAGACCCAGGCUGUGGUGGACACAGAGGGUAAAGGCUUGUUCUUGUGCCAGCUCUGCUACAAAGACCUGUCAGCUAUGAGCCCUCAGCUACGCACUCAGCAUAUCAACAGGUGUUUGGAUGAGAGUGAGAGCUCCUCUGAAAAAAUCUCUGAAGCUCCUGCUGCUCCUGCAUCUGCACUCCAGCCUCGAGUUCCAGAGUGCCCAAUUUGUGGGCGUGGCUUUAAGUCUGAAAAGAGUCGUUCCACUCACUUGAAGCGCUGCUCCGCCAGCAUGGGCGUGUCUCCAGCUGAGCUUCUGCAGGCCUUGCAGAGACAGGCGUCUGAAAGUUUGAGCGAUAGUGCGGCUGAGCAGGAGCAGCCACGGGGCAGGAGGAGGCCCAAUGCAUCAGAGCCCAGCAUGCCAGUUAAGAAGAAAGCGAAAAAGAGAGCUCCACGCAUGGACGAGGACACCAUGGUGGCUCUGGCCCUGUCUCGCUCUCUGCUGGAGCAGGAGAAGCAACGAGAGCGAGACAUUGAAGAGGAGCGGCAGAUACAGGCCCAGCUGUCGAGCCCCCCUGCGGCUGCAGCUCCUGUGCUACAGUGGAGACCUGGUGCAGGUAAGAGUCAGGGGAGGAGGAGGAAAGGAGCACCUGCUGGCCCCCCUCCACUCCUCCUGGUUCAGGAUCCUCAAACGGCUCUGAAUCGAAUCCAGGAGCGGGUUUCAGCUCUACUGCUUCGCCCCAGACCCCCAACUCCCCCGACUCCCAAACUGCUCCCAUCUAUGCUGUCCAUGUGGAGGCACAGCACCCCCCUCUGGCUUAAGAGUGCGCUGCCUGGAGGAGGCCCAGACUCUUUGUGUGAGUUUUACACCCCAGAGCUUGGAGCGUUCAUACAGCCCUGGGUCAGACCUGAGAACAAAACAUCCCUUUCCUCAGAAGUCACGCCAGUAAAGCAGCGUCCUGCGUCCGCCUCAGAACCAACCAGCAAUCCAGAGCAGCCCAGCUGUGCUUCUGUCUCCCUGGACCAGAAAUCACAAGAGCGUUCCUCCACUCCAGCCUGCCUCACCCCAACCUUCAGCACUCCAGGAGCUCAGGCCCUGCAGGAUCUGGUUGAGCUAGCAGAGGAGGGCAUGACUCUUACCCAGUACAGACACACAGAUAAAGAACCUACUGUGCUUGAGCUUCCUUUGAGCGGCUUCGUCCCUGGAAAAGCAAAGACCACAAAGCUUCUUCCCACAAGCUCGGUGAGCGUGUCCAGACUGUGUUCUGAUCUGGCCAGCAUGGUGAACAACCCUCAGCUCAGUGAUGUUCAGCUGCAGGUGGACAGUGGAGACCUCUACUUUGCACACUCGUUCAUGCUCUACACGCGCUGCCCCCUGCUGGCUAACCUGGUCCAUGAUUCAGGAUUUGGGGUGCAGGAAGAUGGCAUGCCGGCAGCUCAGCGGGUACUGUUGGGUGAUGUGCCGGGAGAGGCAGUUCAUGCUCUGUUGCAUUACCUGUACACUGCCCUUUGCCCACUUUCACACACCCUGUUACCCCACAUACUUCAGCUAGCCUCCAGGUUUAACCUGCCUGAACUGCAGCAGCAGUGUGAGCAGUACUUUGGAAAUCCAGAGGACUCAGAAGAACCCAGAGCUGAUGAACCAUGCCCAGCUGAGGAUCUCAUUCCUGAACCCCAGCAGAGUCUGGCAGACACGCAGUUUCUGGAGCUUCUGCGCUCCAUGUGGCGGCAUGAGGAGAGUGACUGUGAGGACUUCUCAGUAGCAGGAGGAGCCGAAAGAGGGAUGGAAGAGGUGGAGGAGGAAGGAGGAGGUAGUAAUGAUGGAGAAAUGAAGGAAGAGAGAGUAGAUGAGGAGGAACUGGAUGAGAUUUAUGAGUUUGCAGCUACACAGAGGAAGAUUGGCACCAUUGCAUCUUCUUCAAGCUAUGAGGAAGAUGAGGUUAAAGUGAUGAAUGACUUCUUCGAUGAGGAAAAGGAAGACAAAGCAGAAAAGCUAAAUAUGAAAGAAGAAAAAUGUGAAGAGGAACGUGCUGCCCUUUUUAAGAACACUAGUAGCAAUUGUUACGAACUUGAAGUAAAUAAAGGUACUGCUGCUGUGCUAACUAGUGGCAUGAAUGUGCACCACACCCAGGGUGCAAGUGCUGAUGUUUGUUCAGGCUCAGUUUUGGACACAUCAGGUCUUAAAUCUGCUCCUGAAGCCGGUCUGGACAGGAGCUACAGCCGAUUGUUCUCAGAGUCGUGGGGAGAAUACGUGGAGCCAUCACAAACCCCAGCCGCCAGUUUUCAACCCAAAAAAAGUAUAUCUACUCCACACAGGAUGUCUUCAGUCAGUGAGGUAAUUGAUCUGUCCAUCAGUCCCCCUCCAGGGUCUGAAGAGCCAGGUGAGUUAUCCCUGGCCCUUCCAGUGGCUGGUGUGUCUCCAGGUGAGAGGCAAACAAGUAAAUCCUCUCUAAUCAUGGUUUCCAGAACUCCAGAAAUUUCAUCUCCAGUACCCGCGAGUGCUUUGGGUCCAUUAGCCCGGUCCAAACAAUCACCUGUUAAAGAAAGGUCCAUGGUUUGCUCUUCAUUAACCAGUGUAAAUAGCCCUAGCCUUUCAUAUAAAUCAUUAAGUACAGCAACCUGGUCCAAGGGCUCACCAGGAGCAGCCAGUAGCAUAGAGUCUAAGUGUUCACCUUUAGUACUAAGUAACCCAAGUAAGUCUCAGCCUAAAUCAUCUCCUCCAGUUCCUAACUACAACAAACCUGAGCUCAUAGUCCUCUCAGACUGUAGCGAUGACACAGAUGCUGACCCCCCUGCUAACCAAGAUUCACCACCACUAUCUCCAUCUCCUCCAAAAGCCAAUAAAAGCCACACUCCAAUUAGAGCUAAAGAAAGUAAACCAUCUCUUCAUAACAGAACAGAUAAGAUGGAACCUUCCAAAACUGACCACUUAGAAGACUGCCUGUACAGUGCAGCCAAUCACAGCAUGCUGGACGGCUCUGCUGAAGUUUCCUGGCUUAUCCCGGCCACUCCAGAAGUUUCCACACGAUCCUGCUCCACACAGACCUACAACAGCAUGCAGCGCUCUCAGCUGUUUCCCAAACCCCACUCCUCAUCGCCACAGGCCUCCUCUUCCGUUCCUCAGGACUCUGAAAUGUCCCGCAGCGCAGAACCUCUUUCUUCUUCCAUCAGAGGGGGGCCAGCUUGCUCAAGUCUACGUUCAGAUCCGUGUUCUUCUUCUGAACAUUCCACAGAUAUUCAGAAGCCAGUAUCUUGUUCCAGACUCCAGUUUGACACCCCGCAGUCUAGGGGUCAAACUCACCACUCAGCCCUUCCAAGUUUCAUGCCCUCCAGCAGCACACCCCUGCACUCUGCCCCCUGCCCUCAGCCUCCAGAGCCUCUGGGAUCACCACUGUUGAGGCACAGUGAUUUCAGACCACAGAGAAGAGCUGCUUGGGAGGAGGAGGACUGUGAGGAUAAGAAGGUUGAUCUGUCUCUCUCUGAUCGGUUGGGCAAGAUGGCUCAGUUUGGAACUUCAGAGCUUGGUUUCAAGGUUGUCAGCCAGUCCGAGAGCUUGCAGUCCCAACGAGGAUGUGUUCAACCUAGGGAAGAUGCACGUGAUAGUCCUCCUGGUUCUCCAGCUCACACCGAGGCUGAGGAUGAGACUGGGACAAGAGAACAGGACCAUGGAGGAACAGUGGAUGAGGACAACAGAAGCAAUAAUGAAGUGGAGAUGGUUGAAGAGGUCAGUUUUUGCGCCUUCGAUGAGCCUCCCAUCGCGUUUGAUGACUCGUGGGGUCUUGGAGGAGGAGAGGUAAACCAAGGACCCCGCUUCAGUCUGAGGCUGGAGAGCAGUGGAGAUGCAGGCAGUCCUUUAGAACACAGAAGACAUGUGGAGAUGCCCCCCCAGCACACAAACUCUCCACCCAUAGAGGAAGCUCAUGCCAUAUCACCUGAUUCUGGAGCUGCAGCCAACCACAGCCUGCCGGAUCCUGCAGUGUGGGAAAGCUGGGGGGAAGAUGAGGAUGAGGAUGAUAAACCUGACAAGGGACCUGCUCUUCCUCUGUUUCAGAGAGCGGGUGUGGUGGCUCCUCCAAAGAGAGUGGCGGAGCUGAAAACGCCAGUGGCUCACAAGAAUAAGAAUCAAGUCCCGCUGGUGCCCAUCACUCCAAUGCCUGGCUUCUCUGAUAUGGACACACCAGAGCUCAGAAAAAGACUGGACAGUUACGGUGUACGCCCCCUUCCUAAGAAACAAAUGGUAUUAAAGCUGAAGGAGAUCCACCACUACACCCACCAGCUGAUGAGUUCCGAGUCUGAAGAGGAAGAUUCUCCUCGAUGUCGCCCCAAAACAGGAGCAAACCCUUUCAAACUGCCCACAGCGCCCCCUCCUGUGUCUCCCAGGAAACUGCAGUUCGGUGAGGAGGAGCAGGAAGUGUUACCUGCGUCUCAGGAUUCCAGUACCUCUUCCACAGCUGAGUCAGAAAGGUCAAACCCGGAGCUGUGUGACUCUGAGGAGGAGGGCUCGGACAGUGAGGGCGUCACUGCAUCCCAGGCGGUGGUGCGUGAGAAGGACAAGCUCCUGGCCGUGCGUUCCUUCAUCGUGUCGGAUCCUGCGCUGUACGGACGCGUGCUGCAGUAUCAGCCGCUCUCCCUGUCUGAUCUGAAGGCCAGGCUCAGAGCAGCUGGUAUCAGGCUGGGUACUGCCAAGCUGCUGGACUUCCUGGACUCACAGUGCAUCACCUUCACCACAGCCAGAGCGGGUCACGCGGCCCCCUCACGCAGAAAGGCCCGAGCUCGGGCCCCCGCUGCAAAGCCUCGAGGCGCAGCGAGCAGGGGGAGGAAGAGAGGAGCUAAGCCAGCUGACUGAGUGGUGCAAGGAGGCCUAUUGGAAAGCUCCCUAAAUGAGCUGCAUGAGAGGUUCUGGAACAGAACCCUCUGAAUGAGCUGUGUGAUCUGAUCUGGAGAAGAGCCGUGUGGAUCUGCAACAUGAGAAAGCAAUAAGAGGGAGUUUGUUGGAUGAGCUGCGUUUGAGGGACUAUAGGAAAGCAAUGCUGGAUGAGGUGCACAAAGUGGCGUGUACUAAACAAGAGGAAGCUUCAGAGGCAGCUGCUUAGAGCAGACUGGAUGAGCUGCACACUGGGGACUAUACAAGGAGAGUCUUCUGGUGUGGUUGCAUACUACAGAAAAUCAGGUUGAAAAUGCUUCACCAGGAGCAGAUUAGGGAAUAUAAAAUCUCCCUGAAUGAGCUGCGUAAGGGUGCACUCCUCAGACUGGAUGGGUUGAGUCCCUGUUCAGGAGUAGAGACAUUUAAAUCUGUUUUAAUCCUCAGGGAGAGCUUGUUAUCUAGCUGACAAGUAGCAUCAGGUAUGUUAGAGGCAUAAAAGAUCAUAUGCAGUUGAACCAAUUAGGGAAUCUUAGCCCCAACACAUCGUAGGUUCAGUUGUAUUGGAGUUUGACUGGUUUUAAAAUGGCCUUGUUAUGUUGGAUGUUCUGUUUUUACAUAAUUGUUAAAUUACUUGUAAUUGCCUAAAUUAAGGUCUGUAUAAUUAAUGUAUAAAUAAUGAAAUUAAAAGAAUUCUUAAACUAUA